AUGAGAGAGCAUUUAAAUAAGAAAGUGCAAAGAGGGAGGGGCUUGAGAAAUGAAACUGCCGUCUCUGUCACAGAUUUGAAGGUGGGUCCCAGACCAAAGACCUUGAUAGUGCUCAUAAUUGAGUUUGGUUACGAGGCUAAUAUGGGUAUAAAAAGACUUUGGAUUGCAAGCCGCGAUGGAGGCAAACUCCCUUUGCACCUCCCGGCUGAUGGUCGAGGGACAAGGGAAUUCAACACGGUUCAUCCAAAAGAGGACAAGCUAUACAUUCCACACGGUUUAGCAAAAUAG